GCGCAAACAUCUCAAGCGAUCUCAAGUCGUGUGUGAGAAUCAGAAACCAAAGAUACAAAACUUGUACAACCGAAAAAAAACAAUGGUGAAAAGUGAAAUGGAAUUCAAGAGCAACUUCUCCAUCGAUGCCAUUCUGGCCAAGAAACCCAACCCAACGCAACCAGCCAUCAAAACCGAACCGGUGCAGCAUCAUCAUCACCACCAGUACGUUCAUCCGUACUCCAAUUCCGAUGGCGAACUCUCCGCCUCGGAGGAUUUCGAUAGCCCCAGCAGGACCAGCACUCCAAUGAGCAGUGCCGCCGAAAGUCUUUCGUCGCAGAACAACGAUAAACUCGAUGUGGAGUUCGAUGACGAGCUGGAGGACCAGCUGGACGAGGACCAGGAGAGCGAGGAUGGCAAUCCCAGCAAGAAGCAGAAGCUGAGCAACGGCAGCGAUACCAAGAAGCCGCCCUACAGCUACAAUGCCCUCAUCAUGAUGGCCAUCCAGGAUAGCCCCGAACAGCGGCUGACUUUGAACGGGAUUUACCAGUAUUUGAUCAACCGAUUCCCCUACUUCAAGGCCAACAAGCGGGGCUGGCAGAACUCGAUUCGCCACAAUCUCAGCCUGAACAAGUGCUUCACCAAGAUCCCACGGAGCUACGACGAUCCCGGCAAGGGCAACUACUGGAUCCUGGACCCCUCGGCCGAGGAGGUGUUCAUUGGCGAGACCACCGGCAAGUUGAGGAGGAAGAAUCCGGGUGCCAGCCGCACUCGACUGGCCGCCUAUCGUCAGGCCAUCUUCUCGCCCAUGAUGGGUGGCUCCCCCUAUGGAGCUCCUGCUCCUGGUUAUGGAUAUCCAGGUGUUCCGUUCGCCGGAGCCGCUGCCGCCGCCGCUGCUGCCGCCGCCGCCCUGUACCAGCGCAUGAAUCCCGCCGCCUACCAGGCCGCCUAUCAGCAGAUGCAGUACCAGGCGCCGCAGAACCACCACCACCAGUCGCCACAUCCCGCCCAGAUGCAGGGCUAUCCACCACAACUGAACGCCGAGUUGUUCCAGCGCAUGCAGUUCUUUGGCAAGUUCCCAUCCAGCUAAAUCUUGGGAGCCGGCGCAAAACCAAGCCCAGCGCUUUGGAUCAACAGAAACCCAGGGACAAGGGUCGUUUUGGGGAAGAGCCAGGAGAUAGAAGCUCCUGCUUUAUUCCCCUCGAAAAACACGUGACGUCUAAAUGCUGCAAUUUAGCAAAUUCUUCUGGUCAUCACCGCAUUGACCGCUUCGCUUCUUCACCGUGUCCUCCAAGUCGACCUGGAAAGUCGACAGUUACAGCAAGGAAGGAGCACUGAGUCUUCAUGACUUUCGGUCCUAAAUUGAGGCCACUUCUUGCCAGUCGAGGGCCCUUGUAGUUCGCCCAAUACUUUUUGUACAUAUGUAAUUAAGAACAAAUAUCAAAGAAAUAUCAAAAAAAAAUAUAAAAUAAAAAACACAUUUAAAAGAAAAUUUGUAAGCC